GAGGACUUGUCCAGGGCGCGCAGGAGAGGCAGGAGCUGAUUUAUCUUGCUUGUUGCGGGCUUCACCAGAGACAAGUCAGAGUCUGGUUCACCAACUCACUCAACUUUUAUUCUUCACCAUCUAUUAAACUUUUGUGUGUGUGUUUGUGUGUGUGUGUGGGUUGGGGGGAGGUGAAGAGCACCUGCCCUCGAGGAUACAGCGGCUCAUCCGUCUCCUCAUUGCGGGAUCGGGAGUUGGAUUACCCAGCUGCGCAGGAGAGCUCCCCUGCGAAAACGCGUCAUGGGCUACAGGAGAACCGCUGCUGCUUCUCGCAUGUACACCUGAGGGCUUGUGUGGAUUUUUACUACAAAGACAAACAAGACUCUUUGAUCUACUGACUUUUUUUUUUUUUUUUGAAAGAAGAAACUUUUUAUAAGUCAGCGGGAAUUAUACACAUCUCUCCAAGGGACUCUUAUUACUUUUCUUCUUACGCGCGGUUUGGAUCGAGCUGAAGACUUCGGGCAGGAUGGUUUCAUCCGGCUGCUUCGCGCUGGUCGUGGUCGUGUUGUGUUGUUCACCACUCACAAAUGGUCAUUCGGAUAAAGACAAAUUGCCAAAGAUUCUGCCAUCUGAGAAUCCCCUCAUUCGUCAUAAGGAUGGUUUGCUGAUCCUCACAUGCAGAGGUCAGGGCGUGCUGCACUGGACACUUGGUGAUCCCCGUCGAUCGAUCUCAUCAGAGGGGGUGAAGGUGGAGCCGUGUGAUUCCAGUCAUCACACUCAUUCACACUGCAGCAGACUGACCAUCACCGACUUGAUUGCCAAUGACACAGGAAGCUACAGCUGUAACUACUCCAAAGAUGGUUUGGACCACAGCACCUCCACUUAUGUCUUUGUCAGAGAUCCUGAGCAACCAUUUGUGGAGUCCCAUGAUCAGACUCCAGACAUCCUGGGAAUCUACAGGUAUGAGACCAGCCUGGUGGUCCCCUGCCGGACGUCUUCUCCUGACACUACUGUAAUCCUCACAGGGUUCCCACCCGCAUCAGAGAAGGUUCCUAAGGAAAUGUCUUGGGAUCCAAAGGUGGGAUUCACGAUUCCCUACGGUCCCUCCACUAUGUAUAAUAUGCUCAUCUGUCACGCCACGGUCAACGGUCGUGAAUUCAAGUCAAUGUACAUUCCUAUGAGACAAACAUCUGUUCUAAAAAAUGUGAAGAUUGACCACGAACGUGUCCGAGUGUUGGUCGGAGACACCCUCGUCCUCAACUGUACUGGUGAGACCACCUACAAUGGAAGAAUCAACUUUACAUGGGAAUUUCCAAGGAAGAAGGAAAAUCGUCAUUAUAUUAACAAGACCAAAGGUAACCCUGCUGACGCUCUUGUAAUGAGCAACAGUUUACACUUGCCAAAUAUCACCAUGGAGGAUAAAGGGAUCUACCGCUGCAGAGCUGAGAUUGAUCCCACAAAACACACAAAUGUCUCUGCAAAAGUCAUUGUCUUCGAGCAUCCAUUCCUCAAUGUCUCCUCCAGGCAUGAGCGACCAAGUACAGUGACUGUCACAGAAGGUAGAAAGAAGCUUGUGUUUGAUCCAAAGGUCAACGCUCUGCCACGAGCAGUAUUGAUAGGGUGGUAUAAGGACGGCGUCCCUAUCAAGAAGAAUUCCACCUGCUACAGGAUGGUUAAUUUCAGCUUGAUGAUCUCUGAUGUCCAGCAGAAGCAUGCUGGGGUCUUCACCAUAAGCCUGGGCAACCAAGCGAAGAGCUUGUAUAGGAAUCUGAGCUACACUCUGAUAGUCCACGUCAAGCCAACCAUUUCAGAGGCGGAGCUACCCUCGGUGAAUGUGCAGACCUACAUGUUUGGCAAGCAGCAUCAGCUAACCUGCACUGCUUACGGGUUGCCCAUGCCAACCAUCACUUGGCUCUGGCAACCGUGUCAAUCAGGCCCCAGCCUUACAGAUUGCAUUGCUGACACCAAGCCAAUCCUGGUCAAUGCUGAUGACAGAGGAAAUAACUCCCACAACUGGAUUAAGAGCAUAAACGUCAAGCGUGAACUGGUUAAAGGAAAAAACAAGACUGUGAGUACCCUGGUGAUCGGAGAGGCUAGCGUGUCAGGAAAAUACUCCUGUGUGGCGAAGAAUGAAGCCGGCCACAGCACAAUGAUGAUUCCUUUCUACGUUGAUGAUCACCCCGGGGAGAUUACCAUCGAGCCUCGGGAAGCGAUCGAGGGAAAUGACGUCACUUUGACCUGUCGGGCAGCUCGCUACCUCUACACAGAUCUGCGGUGGUUGGACUCUUCGAAUCAGACGAUCACAUCCAACGUGUCUGGUCUGCAGCUCAGCAACUACUCCAUUUCUCUCUCUCUCCAUCUGCAUAAUGUGUCCCAAAACAGCACCAAUGGUUACAAGUGUCAAGCAUACAAGCUUUACAAGAAGGUUGAACUCAAGAGAGCUGUGCUUGUUGUGGAUGUGAGAAAACGCCCCUGGCUGAGUCAAAACCUGACAAAUCAAGACGUGAACAGCAGCAGCACCCUGAUGCUGGCCUGCUACGCUCUGGGAGUUCCUUAUCCCAACAUCACGUGGUCCAAAAAUGGUGUUCCAGUGAAAGAAGGACCUGGUAUCACACUGGGAGAGGACGGGGUUCUGACCAUCGAGAGGGUGAAGAAAGACGACGAGGGUCUGUACGAGUGUACGGCCGAGAACAAUGUGGGCGUCGCGAGAACAAGUGCUGUUGUUACUGUGCUCGGGGAUGAAGGGAAGGCAAAUGUGGAGGUCAUCAUUUUGGUGUGCACAGGAGCGGCAGCCACGUUCCUCUGGCUGAUGCUUAUCCUCUUCAUCCGCAAGCUGAGGAAGCAACCAGCGCAGUAUAAGAUGGGUCCAUCUAUCAUCAUCGACCCUGACGAGUGUCCCCUCGAGGAGCAGGGUGAUUUUCUUCAGUAUGACAGCAGCAAAUGGGAGUUUCCCCGUGACCGCCUGCGGCUGGGUAAAACUCUCGGCCACGGAGCUUUUGGAAAAGUGGUGGAGGCGUCUGCCUUUGGGAUUGACAAGCUCUCAACCUGUAAGACUGUUGCUGUCAAGAUGCUGAAAGGAGGCGCUACGUCCAAUGAGCGGAAAGCUCUGAUGUCGGAGUUAAAGAUCCUGAUCCACAUCGGCCAUCACCUGAACGUGGUCAAUCUGCUGGGAGCCUGCACGAAGCCUGGAGGCCCAUUGAUGAUGAUAGUGGAGUUUUGCAAAUAUGGCAACUUGUCCAACUACUUGAGAGGCAAGAGAGACGACUUCAUUGUCUACAAGAGCCAGGACGGUAAGGUGGUGUCAUCGGGAUCGGGCUGCGAGCUGAGCGAGCUGAUGAAGCGCCGCCUGGAGAGCGUAGCCAGCACCGGAAGCUCAGCCAGCUCCGGCUUCAUCGAAGAUAAGAGCUACUGCGACUCAGAGGAAGAGGAAGAAGAAUCGGAGGAUUUAUAUAAGAGAGUCCUGACACUGGAAGAUUUAAUUUGCUACAGUUUCCAAGUUGCAAAAGGCAUGGAGUUCUUGGCCUCACGCAAGUGCAUCCAUCGUGAUUUAGCCGCACGAAACAUCCUCCUCUCUGAGAAUAAUGUUGUGAAGAUCUGUGAUUUUGGACUGGCCAGAGACAUCUACAAAGACCCGGAUUAUGUGCGCAAAGGAGAUGCUAGACUGCCGCUCAAGUGGAUGGCACCCGAGGCCAUUUUUGACAAAAUCUACACGACUCAGAGCGACGUUUGGUCCUUCGGUGUCCUCAUGUGGGAGAUCUUCUCUCUGGGCGCCUCCCCGUACCCUGGUGUCCAAAUUGACGAAGAGUUUUGCUGCAGGCUGAAAGAGGGGACCAGGAUGAGAGCACCAGAAUACUCUUCCUCUGAAAUAUAUCAGACCAUGUUGGACUGCUGGCAGGGGGAGCCACUGGAGCGACCGACCUUCACUGAGCUGGUGGAGAGGCUGGGAGAUCUGCUUCAGGCCAGUGUGCAACAGGAGGGGAAGCACUACAUACCCAUCAACACAGCCCUGCUGGCCAAGGUGGGAGACCCGUCCAACAGCGUGCUGUCAGAGGAGACGACCACUCGACCCGCUUCACACCGCGACUCAGGGAGCACCUGGAACAUCAAGAUCCGUCCUGCUAGUGUGAAAACCUUUGACGAGGUAACCAUGGAAAACGGGACAAAUGAGAACCACGGGGGCGGUCACUCAGACAGCGGGAUGGGCCUCUCGUCCGACAACAUCGAGACCCUGAAGCGCCUCGAAUCGUUGGCAGGCCGACCUCUGAGCAUCAUGGCUCUGGCGAUGAAGGCGGUGAGUAAGAGCAAAGAGUCUGUGCUGAGCGACUCGGAGAAGGAGAAGUUCCCCCCUCCGGUCGCCUCUCUGGACUUCAGUUUGGACGACUCGGCCUUGGACGCCGGUCUUGAGUGUCACAGCCCGCCGCCUGACUACAACUACGUGGUGCGCUACUCCACCCCUCCUGUGUAACCUCCUGCUCCGCCCCGAGAGAAUCUGACCGGCAGCCUUGAAGCCUUUUGCGUCGUUCUCCUCUGUUUUGGCUCUUAUCUCUGGACUGUGGUGAAGUUUGAGAGGAAAACACGUGACAUUCCCUCUGAAAGUGUUUAGAAAAGGACGCUCUGAAAUGAAUCUGCUCGACUGUUAACUUCUGCAUCUGCCAACUUCCAGGGCGUCUGCUGUGCAGCAGAAAGGAAACCUGCAGACUGUUGAUUCUUUUCCAGUUUUCAGACGUAGGCUGACAUUAAUGCUGCUGGUUCGUUCCACGUUCACUGUGAUAUAUCUAACAGCUGAAAACAGGCUCAGGUAUUUCUUUCAUCUACUGUGAAAACAAACCACGUGAUUCCAACUUUACCACAGAUCUGAAUAAACUACAACCUUUGAUGAUGAAGGAAAAAGAGACGAUAGCUGAGUUUGUAAUGAUUUAUUUUAUUAAAAAAGUAAAAACUGGAAAGAAAUUUGUGGAAAAAAAGGUUACAGAGAAGAUAUUUUUUUGUAAUGUAGCUUCAUAGGAAGGUCAGCCAAAAUUAAGCUUUGCUCAAAGCAACAAAACAUUCGUAUUUUCAAAGUCAAAGUCUCUUAUUGGGGGCGUCAUCGCUCCUUUAAAGUGGUGGAUGUUUUUUGAAGCUCUCCGGGUUGUGGAAAAAAAAAAAAUCGCAAGUAAUUGGAGGGAACAGGGUAGAGCUGAGAGCAAGAGCUCGACCAUGAGAGCAUUUAAAUGUAGAGUUACUGAACAUGUAGAUUUCCUCCUCCUGCCCCAGUCUGCUAGUGAAAAAGUCGUGUUUGUCAGGUCAAAGUAUAAAUGAGGUGAGAAGAGAUGAGAACAAGUCUUCGUAGGAACAGUUUAUUCAAAAAAGCACUAGUUAAAAAAUGAAUUGUGUAUUUAUUUAGAUUGUAAACACUGUUACUUAGUAAUCCAGUUCGGUUUCAUGUGAAAAAAAAAAAAAAGGUAACCAAAGGAUUUUCAAGCUCAGUCUUCCUGAUACAUCCCAAAACAUUUCACUCCACUCCAGAUGUUUAUGCUGUGUUGUGCUGCUGUAAAGCUGAGGGGAACGUGCGCCUGCAGAAAACACGUACAUGGAUAAAGUUUCCUUGGUCUCGUGCUAAGUGUGAGCAAAGCUUGCAGGGCAAGCUCCAAAAAAAAAAAAAAAACCUUAGCACCAGACUGCUUCAGUUCACUGUUGUGUUAUUUGUCAACAUGUACAAAAUCUCCUCGUUGGAACAGCAUUUUAUUGUCUUUUAAAGUAUUGUUGACCGGACCUUGUUCACGCUCGUGUUUGCGUACACGCACCCUGUAGAGACGCAGCUAGUUUUUGCUUUUCGACCACUAAAGAAAACAGUAUUGAAGUAUAUGAAGUGGAUUUACUUUGUUGUUUUGUUUGUUACCAGUUUGUUUUGUUCAUGCGGAGAGGACGUGAUCAUGCACUGAUACUUUAUAUCAAGUAUAAUUUGUGUAUUCUAAAAGGUAUAUUAUUGUGAAACAGUGUUGAGGGUCACAAGUUACAAAAAGUUUUUUUUUUUUUUAUUUAACUCUUAACUACAUAGUAGGAAAUUAACAUUUGCAGUAUUUGUCAUAUUAUUUCAUACCAUCCUAACAUCAUAACAAUCAUCAUGUUCACUUCUUACAUUCCUGUGUUGAGUUUAACUUUAGUUACUGCUUUCACAAUGACACUGAGAGGUUUUGAAAAGAGAAGUGUGUUUUCAAUUUAACUGCAUUUCUUCACUCAGAACCAGUGUGAGUAAUGAGACCCUGCAGCGGCUCACAUCCUCCAAAAUGUAUCUGUUUUCUUCCUGUAGUGUGCCUAGAGGUUAGUGUGAUGAAAGUCAUGUUCCCCAACACUGUUAACUGAGCAUAUGAAGUAAAUAAAUGAAUAAAGAUUUAUAUAUUUAUACAUUA